AAAAUAAUGGAAUUAGUCGAUCUAUGAGAAAAAGAAGAUGGAAAUUGUUAAUACACAAGUAAGACAUUUUUUCAAAUAAAGAUUGAUUAAGAAUGUGAUUGUGAGAAAAAAGCAAUUUUACGCGGUUCAUACGAACGAUAAACUUUUAAUGGACAAAUGCAGUGCCAAAUAGUGAUAAUAUACCUUUUGUAUGUGGGAUUGGUGCAUGCACGUACAGAAGAAGAUCAACAGGCAACUAGUACUUCCAAUACUAAUGGAUUUACAGACAUUUUUUCGGGACUUUCAGAAAAAUGUUUUUAUCUACCACCAUCCGAUUGUCCAGAUCCAAAAAUUAAUUGUCCAUGCAAGAAAAUAAGUUUACCGCACAACUAUGAAGGCGAUGCUGUAUUUUGUUGUAAUAUAGAUAAUCGAGAUUCCUUAGAUAAUAGUCUUUCUUGCGUUGGAUUUCCAUCAAAUGUAUCUUAUGUUCAUAUUCGUAAUGCUACCUUGGAUACAAUUGAUGUUAGUGAAACACGAUGGAGAAGAUUAAAAUCACUUGCCAUAACCGAUGGAAGAAUUAAUCGUGUCAAGAACCAAUUCCUUGUAGUGACACCAAUAUCAUGUUUGAAUCUUUCUAACAAUGGUCUUAUCGAAGUUGACAAUAAUUCAUUAAAUAGAUUAGGACAGCUUACUACUUUGGAUUUAUCAUGUAAUAAUUUAACUCAUCUACCAGGAUUGAAUAUAAUAAAUGGUAGAGAAUUUUGGCUUGACAUUUCUGGAACAAAUACUCUCUGGUGUCAUGACAUUUUUCCAUAUGUCAAUAAAAAAGACCAAGCAAUUAAUUUUAAUAGAGAAAAUGAAACAAUGUGUUCUGCAAGUAAAACAUGGCAUUGGUUUAAUACUACAGAACAAGUACCACUGCAACAAGUGCGUUAUUUUAGUUUGUUACAGACAGAUUGUCCGAAAGGUACAACCUGGAAAUGUCAGUGCCAAUUUUCGAGAUUUGUUAUAGUUGCAGGAAAGCCACCUACAUUAGCAGUACAUGUGGAUUGCGCUAAUAUGCAAUUAACAGAAUUACCAAAAAAAUUACCACGAAACACUAUAGCAUUAAAUGUUUCUUACAAUUAUAUCACAGUAUUAGAUGAUGUGAGCACCAAUCCAUGUUAUGAAGACCUACGUGAAUUUUAUGCUGACUAUAAUAACAUAUCAUCUAUCAAUAAAUUAGAAGGCUCCAAAUUUUUAGACAAUUAUGCUUUCCUUAGUUUAAGAUACAAUAAAAUUAAAUCGCUUCCAACUUAUAUUUUAAGUCUGAAUUUAUAUGAUAAAAGUUUUAGUUCUCGGUUGGUUAAGCUCGGUGGAAAUAAAUUACAUUGUGAUUGUAAUACCGCUAAAUAUUUAAAGGCGUGGUUGCAAACGCGUAUAUUAGACUCCGAUGAAGUUCUAUGUGAAAAUGUAAAAGAGAAAGUGACUGACUUAGAGCCAUCAAAAAUGUGUGUCUAUCCUGGAGAUUGGACUGAUUAUAUUUAUUACAUAAUUGCUACUGAAGUAAUAUUAUUGAUAAGUCUAAUAGCAAAAGUGUCUUAUGAUUAUUGGGUAUUUAAAACUGCUGGUUACCUACCAUGGCCAGCCAAUAAGAUGCCAAAGUUGCCUUGUGAUUGGUUAUGUGAAACAUAACAGAAUAUCAUAUUUAUAGUGAUAAAUAUGUGCUAUUUUUUUAUUUCAGAAUAUUUCAAAGUUUAUUUUUUAUAUU